AUGCCUACUAGGAUAGACGCCGAAUCGCCCAGCACUGAAGGAGGUAGCUCCAUACUGUCAAAGCUCAAACAGCCUCAAUUCGACCCUGUCGACUUCCUCAACGCGGCUCUUCCUGCCCUAACUUUUUCGUCGGAAAUCCAACCACAAAGAACGAGCAAGUCUGCGCAACUCCAAAGUACCUCCGCCGAGACUCUCACGCUUCUUAACUCCCUCAAUGCCCUCAACAUUCGUGCUUCUGCCGACUUGACAUCUCUGACGGACGAGAUUAUUCGCAGUGGCAGCCGUCUGGCCUACGAGGUGGAAGUCCUCCGGGGUGAUGUGAAUGGGCUACAUGAUUUGUUGACAGAGUCCUUGCGGGACGAAAUCAAUCAAUUUGUGCUGAAUGAGGUGGUCACUGGGAAGUCAGGAAGCCCCACUGGCGACGCGGGCGACCAGAAGGCUGCACCGUUACCAGACGAAGUGAAAGAGCCGGACUUCAUGAUACAACUGCGCUUGCUCGGAAAAGUCAAAACGCGCCUAGAAGCUGUCAUCUCCCUCUUUGGGGAGGCGAUGAAGUGGCCGAUGCCUCCCUCGGAGCUGUCCAUGGCUUCGUCUCUGAUAUCAGUCUCGUCUCCGGAACUCGGGCUUCAGAGCACGGCAGAGGACGAUAAGGCACGAGAGGUCUUGAGGGCUAUACGAGGAGAGAUCACAGAUCUUCUUGAUUCUGAGUCGGGUGGGUACGCGGGACUUGAGGCAGCCUCACAGAGGGUCGAAGAAUAUAGACAGCUGGCCAUGCUGUGGAAAGGCACGGGUGAAGAAAGAGCCAGGAUAAAAUUUGUAGAAUCUCUAACAAAGAUUCUUGAAGAGAAGAAGAAGAGUCUAGACGGCAAAGGGGGAUCUCGAAAUUCUAGAGCCGAUGGAGCAAGCUCAUCAUUAGGAAGGAAUCAAAGGGGACUGGGUGAAGGAGGCGGCGGCGCCGCCGGACUUUUCAGAAAUCUCCAGCGGUUGAAGGAUGAUCUGUAUUUUGAAUAA